CGGUCGAGGGCCCUAGACUCGGCUCGGGGAGGCAACAUGGACCGGAUGGCCAGCUCCAUGAAGCAGGUGCCCAACCCCCUGCCCAAAGUGCUGAGCCGGCGCGGGGUCGGAGCGGGGAUGGAGGCGGCGGAACGGGAGAGUUUCGAGCGGACUCAGACUGUCAGCAUCAAUAAGGCCAUUAAUACGCAGGAAGUGGCUGUAAAGGAAAAACACGCCAGAACGUGCAUACUGGGCACCCACCAUGAGAAAGGGGCACAGACCUUUUGGUCUGUCGUCAACCGGCUGCCCCUCUCCAGCAACGCUGUGCUCUGCUGGAAGUUCUGCCACGUGUUCCACAAACUCCUCCGAGAUGGACACCCAAACGUCCUAAAGGACUCUCUGAGAUACAAAAACGAAUUGAGUGACAUGAGCAGGAUGUGGGGCCACCUGAGUGAGGGGUAUGGACAGCUUUGCAGCAUCUACCUCAAACUGCUGAGAACGAAGAUGGAAUACCACACCAAAAAUCCCAGGUUCCCAGGCAACCUUCAGAUGAGUGACCGGCAGCUGGACGAGGCUGGAGAGAGUGAUGUUAACAACUUUUUUCAGCUAACCGUGGAGAUGUUCGACUACCUGGAGUGCGAACUUAACCUCUUCCAAACUGUGUUCAACUCCCUGGACAUGUCCCGCUCUGUAUCAGUGACGACAGCUGGGCAGUGCCGCCUCGCCCCGCUGAUCCAGGUCAUAUUGGACUGCAGUCACCUCUAUGAUUACACUGUCAAGCUUCUCUUCAAACUCCACUCCUGUCUCCCGGCUGACACCCUGCAAGGCCACCGGGACCGUUUCAUGGAGCAGUUCACAAAGUUGAAAGAUCUGUUCUACCGCUCCAGCAACCUUCAGUACUUCAAGCGGCUCAUUCAGAUCCCUCAGCUGCCUGAGAACCCACCCAACUUCCUACGAGCCUCUGCGCUGUCAGAACACAUCAGCCCUGUGGUGGUAAUCCCAGCCGAGGCCUCGUCCCCUGACAGCGAGCCCGUCUUGGAGAAGGAUGACCUCAUGGACAUGGAUGCCUCCCAGCAGAAUUUAUUUGACAACAAGUUUGAUGACAUCUUUGGCAGCUCAUUCAGCAAUGAUCCCUUCAAUUUCAACAGUCAGAACGGUGUGAACAAGGAUGAGAAGGGCCACUUAAUUGACCAAUUGUACCAAGAGAUCAGUGUGCUGAAGGCACAGCUGGAAAACAUGAAGACUGAGAGCCAGCGUGCUGUCCUGCAGCUGAAGGGCCGCAUCAGCGAGUUGGAGGCCGAGCUGGCAGAGCAGAAGCAUCUGCGGCAGCAGGCGGCCGAUGAUAGCGAGUUCCUGCGGGCAGAGCUGGAUGAACUCAAGAAGAAGCGAGAAGACACAGAGAAGGCGCAGCGGAGCCUGACAGAGAUAGAAAGGAAAGCCCAGGCCAAUGAGCAGCGGUACAGCAAGCUGAAGGAGAAGUACAGUGAGCUGGUGCAGAACCACGCUGACCUGCUGCGGAAGAAUGCAGAGGUGACCAAACAGGUGUCUGUGGCCAGACAAGCCCAGGUGGAUUUGGAACGAGAGAAAAAAGAGAUAGAGGAUUCCUUCCAGCGCGUGAGCGAGCAGGCCCAGCGGAAAACUCAAGAACAGACGGAAGUACUAGAGAACUUGAAGCAAGAACUUGCCACCAGCAAACAGGAACUCCAGGUUGUCCAAGGCAGCCUGGAAAUAGCUGCCCAGUCAGAAGAAAAAUGGGUGACCCAGAUUGCUGAACUGGAGAAGGAGCGGGGCAGUUUGGUGAAUGCCAUGGCUCGUCGAGAAGAGGAAUUCUCUGCUCUUCAGGAACAGCUGGAAAACACCCAGCUCAAACUGUCCAGCACACAGGAAUCUAUGUGCCAGCUCGCAAAGGACCAACGAAAAGUGCUUCUGGCAGAAUCAAGGAAGGCGGCAGAGCAGGUGAUACAAGAGGCCCUGAGGCAGCUUGAGGAGCCCACUCUCAUCAGCUGUGCCGGAUCUGCAGAUCACCUUCUCUCCACGGUCAAGUCCGUUUCCAGCUGUAUUGAACAACUGGAAAAAUGCUGGAGCCAGUACCUUGCCUGUCCAGAAGAUAUCAGUGGGCUUCUGCACUCAGUAACCCUCCUUGCCCACUUGACCAGUGACACCAUUGUUCACGGCAGCACCACCUGCCUUAGAGCCCUACCAGAGCCUGCUGAUGCACUGACCGAGGCCUGUAAGCAGUAUGGCAAGGAAACCCUCCUCUAUCUGGCUUUCCUGGAGGAAGAAAGAACCCUUGAGAAUGUCAAUAGCACAGCCAUGAGGAGCUUCCUCAGCAAGAUUGCGGCCAUCGGCGAGAAUCUCCUGCCCAGAGGCCUGGACAUCAAACAGGAGGAGCUAGGAGACCUGGUGGACAAGGAGAUGGCUGCCACUUCAGCUGCCAUUGAAACUGCUACAGCCAGAAUAGAGGAGAUGCUCAGCAAAUCCCGAGAAGGAGACACAGGAGUCAAAUUAGAAGUGAACGAAAGGAUUCUUGGUUCAUGUACCAGCCUAAUGCAAGCUAUUCAGGUCCUGAUUGUGGCCUCGAAGGACCUCCAGAGAGAGAUAGUGGAAAGUGGCCGGGGCACAGCAUCUCCUAAAGAGUUUUAUGCCAAGAAUUCUCGAUGGACAGAGGGACUCAUCUCAGCCUCCAAAGCUGUGGGCUGGGGCGCCACUGUCAUGGUUGAUGCAGCCGAUCUGGUGGUACAAGGCAAAGGGAAGUUCGAGGAGCUAAUGGUGUGUUCCCAUGAAAUAGCUGCUAGCACAGCCCAGCUUGUGGCUGCAUCCAAGGUGAAAGCUGGUAAGGACAGCCCAAACCUGGCCCAGCUGCAGCAAGCCUCUCGCGGGGUGAACCAGGCCACCGCCGCGGUCGUGGCUUCAACCAUUUCUGGCAAAUCACAGAUUGAGGAAACAGACAACAUGGACUUCUCAGGCAUGACACUGACCCAGAUCAAACGCCAGGAGAUGGAUUCCCAGGUUAGGGUGCUAGAGCUAGAAAAUGAACUGCAGAAGGAGCGUCAAAAACUGGGGGAGCUUCGAAAAAAGCACUACGAGCUUGCUGGUGUUGCUGAGGGCUGGGAAGAAGAAACAGAAGCAUCUCCACCUGCACUGCAAGAAGUGGUAACCGAGAAAGAAUAGAGCCGCACUGAUGCCCCACACGUCACAGUUCUUUUCAGUUUCAUCACUUGCACAAACUUGUGAGCAUCAGAGGGCUGGUGGAUUCCAAACCAGGACACUACCCUGAGUCUGUGCACAGAGUCAGAAGAACAGCAGGAGUGUCCUGGCUGAGAAUGCCAAGGCAAUGCUUCCCCUCUUUUGGCAGUUCCGUGGAUUCCCACUGCUUCUUAUGGUGGUUGGUUGGGUUUUGGGGUUUCUUUUUUCAAGUUUCACUCAUAUAGCCAACUCUCCCAAAGGGAACAGCUCUGAAGCUCUGAGCUCCUAGGAGCCCCUGACCACAGCAGUCAACAGCGAUGGUGCUGCUCAGGCUUUACCUUGGUGCUCCCCAUCAGCCUCCAUGCUUGUGUCCAGCUGAGUGUGGGACUCAAGGCCACUUCCCAGGGUCGGGUGGAGCUGCUGAGCCACAGCUUCCCUCCAAAGGCAGAAGUGGAGGGAGUGCCUUUCCCUCCUAAAGCUGGAGCCCCGUUGAAAGCCUCUGCCACCUUCAUAAGGGAUAGGGCCACAGAGAGAAAGGGGGGUGCACACGGCCCAGGUCUUCAGGAGACGCCUUCCUUGGGAACUCCCUGUGACCAGGCUGAAAAACCUUACCGCAUGCUCGAAUGGAACUGGUGAGAAAGCCACACCUCUUUUUCCAGAAUGAAUGUUCCUUGGCACCUCCCUUCAGAUCCAGGCAGGGCCCUAAGAGGGAGCUUGUGAGAGGUUUUCAAUUCUUUUCUCCAAAUGUCUGCCUGCCUUGGUAUCCUCUUGAAUCUGAAAAAGAUGGUUCCAUGUUCUACCUAAUUGACAGACCCAGAAAAUCAGGCAAACUUGCUCCCGGUAGGAAAGAACCCUGUGCUUGGUUUGGUACCUUUAAUAUUUAUUACUAACCUCCGUUCAGCAGCAGCAGCAGCAGCAGCAGCCAACAGAAAGACACUUGGAGCAAUCAGGAUUUCGGGUGUGACUAUGGCAAGGCUUGUAUUUCUGCCCUAUACAUCAGUCUUGAAGAAUUGGAAACAAGGCCAAGAUGCCAUCCCCAUCUGUAACCAGCUUGGAUCACAAAGCAAGCAAGGUUCCACAGAGCAUCCAGGGCAGGGAAAACAAAAAAAGGGGGAACGCUGGCUCUGACUCCUUCCCAACACAUGUCCCGGGCCCUCGAUACCCUGUGGACAGGGAUGAGGGCACAUUAAUAGCCUUGUAGAGAUGGGCAGCCAGACAGCACUUCUCCACCUCCAGCCGGACCCCAGCAUUUAAGUGACCUUUUGAUCUUGGACUGUGUCUUCCUUAUCCAUAGCAACUCCUAGGUAGUAGCCAACAAGCACUUCCCAGGACCUGUCCCAAAGGAACAUUGUAAGUGUGGCUACGUGACAGGUUGUGAGACUCCUGUUUGAUCACUGUGAAUCAACCUCCCUCCUUCCUAUACACCCUCCAGACUCCGUCUCUGUGCAUUUCUAAGUGGGCAUUCAAAAUACUGUCUCCCUUGAGCUCAAAUUAUGAGAUUCAGAUGUGUGAUCUCCACACUGGGCUAAAGAGAGGGUUCAGCAGUAGAAAUUGAGCGCUUGUGUUUAAUGCUUCUUUGUGCUUAGUGCUUUUCCAUCCAAGGCUCAGAAGGAGUGGUGUGUGGCAUCCCUGGCCCACUUGUGCCAAUUAAGCCAAUCAGUGUGUUCUCAAUGUGGGUCAAUAUUUCCAAAGGUGGCUGGUCUUCAUUUCCAGAAUUUCAGCCAAACAUUUGUGCUCAAAAUUACCAGUGGAGGGGAAAAUCUAGUAUAUUGGAGCAGAUUAGGACUCUGAAAAAUACUCCCUCUAAAAAGAAGCCACAGUAAUUUGUUAUUGUUGUUGUUAAUCCUCAUCUGAGGAUAUGUUAAUUGAUUUUAGAGAGAAGGAAGAGAGAGAGAGAGAGAGAGAGAGAGAGAGAGAGAGAGAGAGAGAAACACUGGCCACCUCUUGUAUACACCCUGAACAGGAAUCAAACCCACCACCUUCCAGUGUAUGAGAGAAUGCUCCAAUCAACAGCCACAUUGGUCAGGGCACCACAGUAAUU